AUGCUCUUCUGCCGUUUCUUGGGGCGCAGGGCACUCGUCACUCUUAUCGGGGUUCCUGUUGUCUCACUUGGUGGACUUGGCAUUUAUGUAGAGUAUCGUAAGAGUAUACAACCCUCGAUUUCCAUCUCCUAUCCUGUGUUUGACGAGAAUGGUUCGAUGUACCUGGACGGAAAGGUAUUUUUGCAGCCGGGGAGGCUGUCAAUUGCAGGCCGCAUCGUCGAAUUAUUUAUGCUCUUCUUCCCGCUUGCAGUUCUGUAUGUCGUGAUGCGAAUUCGAAGGUCGUGGUACCUUCGGUGGCUGGAAAUGUUUGUGCGUGCGGUAGAGCGUGCCGGCCCAGCCUUUGUGAAGGCUGGGCAAUGGAGCUGCACCCGGCAUGACAUAUUUUCACCCGAGUUUCGUUCUGUAUUUAAACGACUGUACAGCGAGGUGGACACUCACCCUUACACCACCUCACUGCAGGUGAUUCGUGAGGAAUUCCAGAUGGACCCCUCAGAACUAUUUUAUGACAUCGAAUCGACGCCAGUGGGCUCAGGUUCAAUUGGACAGGUACACCUGGCCAGAUCGCGUCAAACAGGUGAGAAGGUUGUCAUCAAGGUGAUGCAUCCCAACAUUGUGGAGACCAUUUUGAAAGACUUCCGCAUUAUUAUGAAAGUGGCAUACCUGUUAGACAAGUACUUCCCAUCCCUUGAAUUGUAUCAACUUCCGGCAUUGGCGUAUGCGUGGAGGAGCCAUCUCGCCUCGCAGUUGGACUUCCGUCUAGAGGCGAAACAUUUAUCCAUUUUUCGCGAAAACUUUAGGCAUGAACCAUUUGUGGACUUUCCAAAGCCGCUGUUUUCCACACAGCGAGUGCUAGUGGAGUCAUUCUGCAAGGGUGAACCCGCUUCUCCUGAGUUUCUUAGCGCACAAGAAGAGCAUGUGCGGGAUAUUCUGGCCCAUAAAGGCUUGAACACAUGGUGUAAGAUGCUGCUGCACGACAACUUUGUGCACGGGGACAUGCACCCUGGCAAUAUUCUCAUCGACAUCUCGGACCCUCAUGAUCCGCGAGUUUCACUUAUCGACGUGGGACUCUGUCAACGCAUUAGUCCACACGAGGCGAAUCUUGCACACGACUUGAUGGAGUCCUUUGUUCGUUGGAAGUCAGACUUGUGUUGCGCUUCCUUGCUACGCAUGGGCACCACGCAGAAAUUUGUGGACAAGGAUAAAUUUGAGCAGGAGGUGAGUUGGCUUUUUGAGCACUGGCGUCCCAAGAAAUCCUCGGAUUUUGCGGUAACCAACAUUUUGCAGUCCAUAUUUGAGUGCAUUCGCGAGAACCACGUCCAAAUGGAUCCCUCAUUUGUGGCACUUCUCUUCUCGGUUCUCGUGCUGGAGUCGUUUAUUAUGAACCUUAACCCGGAGUUCAACAUGGUGCGACGCGCCGCGCCGUGGUUGCUGGGCGAGGGCCACAUCUCGUACGGCCUGGCGAAGAAUAUUUUUUUGACGCGUCUCGAUGUUCUGAAGCAAGACCUCGGCGUCCUGCGCGGUCGUCUGCGGGACGGCGUGCACAAGGAAUUGCUGGAGAACAAAAACGUUCGCCUUAGCAGAAACGAGUGGUAA